UUAAUCUUUAAAACAUAUAAAGCUGGUUGAAGACACAGAAAUAAGGUCUAAACGUGCGAAUAAAGUGGGUUUAAAGGACCUAUUAAAGGGUUAAUAACAAAUAGAGAAAUUUUCACAAGAAUCAAGGAAUAAAGAAAUAACUUGUACUAAAGAAGAAGAAGAAUAUAUGAGUAUUAUGAUGCAUAGUCUUUGUGAGAGGGUAGAGAAGGAAGAGAUAGAAAAAGAAGGGGGUGAAAGGGUGUCAGAAAUGUUACAAAUGAAUGGAAUAGUAUCACGAAAUAAAAAGAAGAAAAAGAAGCGUACAAAGCAGAAAAAGACAGAAGGAGAAGGAUCAUCUAUAGUUAAAUGUGAAUCAUGUUCGGGUGGGGGUAAUUUUUUGCAAUCGGAAUGCAAACAGAAUCAUGAUAGACGGUUUUUGGAAGACUCAGAAUAUGACCCUGCAUCUCCCAGUAUAUCAUUUCCAAUACAUCGAGAACAGACGUUAGGACCAUCAUUUUCACAUGCAGAUAAUCAUAUAGGACCUUUAGAGAGAAAGACAUUGAAUAGAAAAAAGAAAAAGAAGAAGGGGGUUGUAAAUGAUACAUAUCAUUCAUCUAAUGUCUCAGAUAUGAUGACACAGCCGACAUUACAAUGCCGUGUUACUUCUAGAAAGUCUAAGGAUCAAAUAUGGAAUAUUAGUACUCAUGAAGAACGAGAAAGAAUUAAAGAAUUUUGGUUACAACUUGGAGAAGAAGAACGUCGUGGACUUGUAAAAAUUGAAAAAGAGGCAGUUUUAAGGAAAAUGAAAGAGCAGCAAAAGCAUUCGUGUUCGUGUUCUGUAUGUGAUAGAAAACGAAUUGCGAUUGAGGAAGAGCUUGAAAUGUUAUAUGAUGCAUAUUAUGAAGAGCUGGAACAAUAUGCUAAUCAACAGCAAAAGUUUAGUUCUUUAUCUUUAUUACAUAAGAAUUCCAUGACAGGACGCUCGGAAGAUUUAGAUGAUAGCGAAGGUGUUCUUGAUAGCGAUGGGGAUUAUGAAAGUAUAUUGUCAGAAAAUGUAGAUUCAAGAUUUGAUUUUUUUAAUUUUGGAAAUAGUUUGGCGGUUAAAGGGGGGAUUUUUACAGUAGCAGAUGAUUUACUUAAAAAUGAUGGGAAAAAAUUUAUCGAAAUGAUGGAACAACUUGCUGAAAGACGAAUCCAAAGAGAAGAGGAGGCUGUUAUGGAAAUAGAAACGACCGAAUUUGAUUCCGAUGAUGAAGAAUAUGAUGAUGAGAGUGAUGAUGAUGAAAUGAAUACUCUUGAUGAGGAACAAAGAAUAGAAGAGGGGAGAAGAAUGUUUCAAAUAUUCGCUGCUAGAAUGUUUGAACAAAGAGUUCUUACUGCUUAUCGGGAAAAAGUUGCUGAAGAGAGACAACAAAGAUUAUUAGAAGAAUUAGAAGAGGAAAAUCGUCUUAAAGAAGAACGUGAAUUAAAAAAGGCGAAAGAAAAAGAACGAAAGAAAGACAAGAAAAAGCUUCAGAAGCAAUUAAAAGAUCAGGAGAAAGCUAGAAAAGUAGCAGAGCGUCUUGCAGAAGAAAAUGCAUUACGUAUUGAAGAAGAAAAAAGACUAGAAGAAGCUAAAAAGAAAAAAGAAGAAUUGAGGCUAAAACGAGAAGCAGAAAAAAAGGCCUUGGAAGAAGAAAAACGUCGUCAACCUCAAAAUAAGGAAACUGAGAAAGAAAGAAAACGAAAAGAAGCAGAAAAAGAUUCGCAAAAGAAAGAAUUGAAGAAAGAGAAGGAUCUUAAAGAAACUAAGGAAGUCAAAGAUAUUAAAGAAUCUAAAGAACCUAAAGAACCUAAAGAACCUAAAGAACUUAAAGAACUUAAAGAACCUAAAGAACUUAAAGAACCUAAAGAACUUAAAGAACCUAAAGAACUUAAAGAACCUAAAGAACUUAAAGAACCUAAAGAACCUAAAGAUGUUAAAGAAAUUAAAGAGAUUAAGGAAAUUAAAGAAAAUGAAAAUAAAAUACGGAAUGAUAAGAAGGAUAAUCAAAAACAAAAGACGAUAGAAGUUAUGGCUUCAGUUAGUUCGUCAAAUCGAUCUCCACAGAUUGAAAAUCAAGAAACCUUUUAUGGCAUGGCAGAGUCAAUGAAGGAAACAAGAUCUUCUGUUUCUAGUCCAUUAAACUCAUCAUUUCUUUCUUUAAAAACUGAGCAAGAGUCAGAUAAUUCUUUAUCAUCUUCUUCUAUUAUAUUUCCUCAAUCUCAUUCUUCAUUUAGUAUCCAAAAUACCUCUCAAAAGUCGCCACAUAUGUCUUCUAAUUUAAAUUCUACUUUGCAACAUCCGCCUGGUCUUGAUACUACCUUUAGUCAGAAUUUAUCAUCUACUCAUUCCACAUAUCAAUCUUUAACAUCUCAUCCUAUCAUUAAUAAUGUUUCUGGGGGGAUUUUUUCUUUGUCAUCUACACCGUCAAAUCAGCAGUAUGAUUAUUCUUUAUCUCCAUUAAGGUUGCCUAAGGUAUCUUCUAAUAUGUACAAAAAUGAAUCGUCACCUCUUUCUGGAAAUUUAAAUAGUUAUCAUUCGUUACCUAUUACACCUACAUCAUUUUCUCGUCCAUUUCAUCAUCAUAUGGAAGAUAAAAAUCCUAACGGUAUACUGGGACUUCAUGAGAAUAGGACCAAAGUUUUAGACGAUAAUACUGCACGUAUCGUACCUAGUUCUAUUGCAAAGCCAAUCAAAAGGCCUUCUCCUAUUCAAAGGCCUAGUGGUACUACGGCUUAUAAGGAUGAACUACGAAAAACGCCAACUAUUAAUGAAUUGAGUGAGGUUAUGGGAAGUAAAGCGCUCUUAGAUGAUGAUGAUAAUGAUUCAAUUAUAUUAAAUCAUGUAAAUGAUACUUCAAGAGGAUUUUCUAAUCGUUCUAAGCCUAUAUAUCGUAGAGAUUCUCCAUUUAUAGAAACAAUGAAUUUGAAUCGGCAUGUUUCAAAUUCUCAAGAAUCACGUCAUCGUAAUAUUUCUGAUCAAGUAUGGCUACCUAGUUUAUCAAAUUCUCGGUUUCCAAAUAUUUGGCCUUCAAAUACUAACAGGAAUAGUCAGUAUCAUGUUACUCAGAACGUAUUGCGGCAACGGUGUAAACUUAUUUGUUUGCGUCUUGAUGAGCAAUAUGGUUCUAAAACUAGGCUUUUUUUAAUUGAUCAAGUAUUAAGUUUGUAUAAUGAUUUAUUUUCUGAUACACCUGUGCAAUCAAAACAAUUAUUGGAUGCAUGUGCAAUAUCUGGAAAUUCUCAAAAUGGAGGAGGUUUUUUCACUUGUAAAAUAGAAAAGCAACAUAUUAUGAUAAGGUAUGAUGAUGUUCUAGAUCAAACACACUGUAAAUCUGGAUUGUCUGGUUUUCCUACAAUGGUAUAUUCUUCCCCUAAUUCUCCUUCAACUGGUUCUCAAUCUCGAUGGUCAAUCAAUUCAUCUAUUACGGGUGCAUUUUAA